AUGUCAAAGAAUGAUCCACUGCUGUUUCGAGAAGCUGUAGAAUGGCAACAGGAAGCAACAAAUUGCCAUGAAGUACCAGAUACUGCAGCUGAUCGAUAUGUUAGAAUAAAUGUUGGUGGGGCAUUGUUCCAAACGACUAUUGCCACUCUGACGAAACAUGAUACCAUGUUACGAGCGAUGUUUAGUGGACGAAUGCAAGUGGUCACUGAUUCGAAUGGUUGGGUGCUCAUCGACAGAAGUGGAAGACAUUUUGGUGUGAUUCUGGACUUUCUUCGAGAUGGAUUCGUACCGCUUCCGGAUUGUCGUGUGGAGGUUGAGCAAAUUUUAGCGGAGGCCAGAUACUAUCUUGUGCAGGUGAGUCCUACCUAUGAGACCCGUUAUUUUUGUGCGAGAACUGGUCUUCCGGCGUUAUUUUGCGCAUAG